GACGUCGUUUGACCUAACGGGUACAUGUUGCGCAAAUUCAAGCUUUUCUUACCCGCCACAAUAAUCUUGAAGCCGCUGCACCGCCACCCUAUCUUCGUUGAUCUCUUUCCCAACAUCUCUCUCGCUUCACGGAGAAGAAGUUAUACAACCUUUGUAUUUUUUUCUGAGGGCACAUGUCUAAUGUGAUCCGACCACGAAGUGCCCACCAAGUGUUCGAUAAAAUCACUAACAUACGCCCACCUCGUCAGAGCUCAACAAACUACAACGCCCACAAACCUGCAUACAGACAGCGCCCCAAUUUGGUAGACGCAUUCGACUAUUUUGAACAAAACGAUAUCAUAAAAUCAUGGACAUCGAGAAUCUCGAGUUUGGUUCGGGAAAAUCGGUCCCGGGAGGCUGUAGAUGUGUUCAAAUUGAUGCUAUUCAAUGAGAAAAGGCCGAACUUUGUGACGGUAUUAAGUGUCUUAAAGGCUGCUGGAUCGCUUGGAUCGAAAGAUUUGACGUCUGGGAUUCAUGCUUACUCUAUGAAAAUGGGGUUGAUUGAGUCGCAGGUAGCUGUUGCUACUGCUCUUGUUGGCAUCUACUCUACUUGGGAUAUGCCGAGUGCGUGGAAAAUAUUUGAUCAGACACCUAAAAGAGAUUUGGUUUUGUGCAGUGCAAUGGUUUCUGCAGUUGUGAGCAAUGGGGAGUAUUUGGAAUCCUUUAAGUUAUUAAAAGAAAUGGUUUUAACAGGUGUGGAACCAAAUCCUGUAACGUUUUCGAGUGUACUCCCUGCCUGUGCCGAGUUAGGUGCAUUAUGGCUAGGGAGAGAAAUUCAUGGUUAUUCCAUCAAAAGGUCAUUUGACAAUCAUAUCGUUCUUCUCAAUUCGAUUCUGGAUAUGUACUCCAAAUGCAGGCAUUUGGAGGCAGCCAUAGAUGUUUUUGAGCAUAUGCAGAACAAGGAUGUCAUUUCUUGGAGAAUCAUAAUACGGGGUUGUGUUGAAAAUGAGAGGCCCCGGAAAGCCUUGAAGAUCUUCCUGGAAUUGCUUGCUUGCUGUGUUCAAAAUGUGGAUGAACGUAUCAUCCAAGAAGUAUUUGGAGCAUAUAAACAGUUGGACGAGAAUUAUUGCAGGCAUGGAUUUCAUAGUCUUGUAUUAAAAAUGGGAUUUACUUCAAAUGUUCCUUUGGUGACUGAACUUCUUCAACUCUAUGCUAAAUUUGGCGAUAUUGAGUCAGCCAGGAAUGUGUUUGAUCAUCUUAAAUGGAAAGAUGUUAUUGCUUGGAGCACUAUGGCUUCAGUUUAUGCUCAAAGUGCACAACCUUAUAUGGCAUUUGGCAUACUAAGAGAGAUGCAAUUGGCUGAACAGAAUCCUAAUUAUUUCACUUACGUUAGUUUAUUGCUGGCUUGUAGCUCACUUGAAGCUCUGGAGAUAGCCCAAACGAUGCAUGCACAGAUAAUAAAAUAUGGAUAUUCAGCCAAUGCAUAUUUGACAUCUGCAUUGAUUGAUUUGUAUUGCAAAUUUGGGGAAAUAGGGAAAGCUGAGGCUAUUUUUGAUGAAAAUACCACCAAAGAUUUUAUAUGUUGGAGUUCAAUGAUAAAUGGCUACGCGGUUAAUGGCUGCGGAGAGCUGGUUCUUGAGUGUUUCUCAAAUAUGCUAUGUAAUGGAAUAACGCCUAAUGAUGUUGUUUUCGUAUCAGUUCUCUCUGCCUGCAGUCACUGUGGGUUGGAGUAUGAAGGUUGGAACUGGUUCAAUGGGAUGGAAGCCAUGUACGGUAUCAAGCCAAAUCUUGCACAUUAUGCUUGCAUGGUGGAUAUGCUUAGCCGUCGAGGAAGUAUUGAGGAGGCUCUUGAAUUUGUUAAUAAUAUGCCAAUGGAACCCGAUAAACGGAUAUGGGGAUCUCUUCUUGCUGGAUGCAGAAACUCUCAUGGACCUAACGGAAUCUUGGAAGAUGUUGCCAAGAAACUGAUCAGUUUGGACCCAACGAAUUCUAGCUACUACAUCAUUCUCUCGAAUUUGUACGCAGACCAGGGUAGAUGGAAGGAAGUUGAGAAGUUGAGAAAUAUGAUGGACACCAAAUCGCUUAAGAAAGUUGUGGGUUAUAGUGCUAUGAACUAAAUCUUAUACAGAUACUGUGGUCAUACAGAUUGUAUGUUCUCCUAACCUGAUGACAGAUGAAAAUUUCUUACAUAUUCAGCUUUUUAGUUGUAAAGUACAAAAGAAACAUUUUUUUAGUUCAUAGCCAUAGCUAUGAUUUCAAGUAGAAUAAUGGAAAUGGUGUUUCUAUUUGAGUUCGGGCUGGUCUCGAUUCCAUAGCAUAAGAUGAUGGUAGCCUUGAAUGAUUUAAUAAGUUUUGUUUGAACUGAAAUUAUGUUUUGAGAGGCUGCAUUGGAAAAUCAACUAAGACUCCAUGAUCUGUUGGAAUUAUCUUGAUUUUUAUCAGGUCAGAACUCAAUGGCCAAUACUGGGUUACAACUGCUAGCAGUCUCUGCAUUUGUAUAUUUUAAAGCUUAGGUGUACUGCUUCGCUACAUCUUUUCACAUUGGUUUUGAGAUUGUUCGUUGUUAUUGUUCAGUGCUGUGCGAUAUGGAUUCGAGAUGAUUAUACGUUAUCCUCGUAUUACUAAAAUAUAUGUAUCUGUGCUUUGUUCUUUGGUUCAUGUUGAUAUUCGUAACUGACCAUAAUAAUGGAGUUUAUUAAACUGAAGUUUACGUAAUUACUGCUGGCAUUUAAUAGACAACACAUGCAGUGUUUAGCUUCUUGUAACCUCUCAAUGCAACAGGUAUUGAAAUUACAUUUAGAUAAGCUCUACUUCUGCUUCUAUGAAUAAUGAGAAUAGCCAGGCAGUUCUAGAUCAAAUGAAAGGUGCAAUUCUUGAAGUGCUUCUUGUUAGUGCCAAAGGCAUCGAUCGCACCCAUAUUCUUGGACACCCCGGUUACCAUGUUAUUGUUGAAUGUGGUAGUCAAGUAUUCACAAGCAAGACAUCAUCAGGAAAUCUGGGAAAAUUCUACUGGAAUGAAAAGCUUGUGUUCGAGCUGCCAGAAUCGAGCUGGAGAGUCUGAGCCAUCUGAAACUCAGGAUUGUGAAAGAGGAGCGUUUCAGUGAUGACGACUUUGUUGGUGAAACCAUGCAAGUUUCACUUUCUCGCAUGCUAGUUUUCUAUGAUGUUUCGUCUAGUUAGUUAGAUAAGUAU